GUGGUGGGUGGGCUGGAUGGAGGUGACGGGCGGGCUCUGUGGUGGUGAUGGGUGGGCUGGAUGGCGGUGACGGGCGAGUUCCCUGGCGGGGCGGGCGGGCUUUAUGGCGCUGACCGUCGCGGCUGCGCACACGCGGCCCCUCCUCCCUCGGGCUGCGGGCGCUGCGGGUGCGAGCGGCACCGGCACCGGCAUGGGCGUGCAUGUGGAGACCAUCGCCCCCGGCGACGGGCGGACGUUCCCCAAGCGCGGCCAGACCUGCGUGGUGCACUACACGGGUAUGCUGGAGGAUGGGAAGAAGUUUGAUUCCUCCCGCGACAGGAACAAGCCGUUCAAGUUUGUGAUGGGCAAGCAGGAGGUGAUCCGCGGCUGGGAGGAAGGAGUCGCUCAGAUGAGCGUUGGUCAGCGGGCAAAGAUGACCAUCUCCCCAGAUUACGCCUAUGGCUCCACUGGCCACCCAGGGAUCAUCCCGCCAAACGCCACUCUAAUUUUUGACGUGGAGCUCAUGAAAUUGGAAUGACCCACCCCAGCACCCUGUCCUCGGGUUUGGCACAUGGAGGAAUCCAGAAUCUCAACUUCAAGAAGAGUGCACAUGACUUUGUACGGAGCUUUUCCUGAUAGUCCACUACACUCAUUGUAUAACCUUACACCUUGAUUGAAUGCCUUUGGUCACUAAGCUUUGCGUCUGACUCUUCCUCCUCGUAUCGUGUUUUUAUGUCUUUUUAAACUAUACGCCGUAAACCUCAACUCUUUUUGGGUCAAGUUCUUAAUCUUAUUUUUGUUCCAGGUGUAGACUGCGUUUUCCCAGUAGCACGCAGAUGGGUUGACCUUAGAUAGGAGUAAUUUGAACAAAAGGAAUCCUGUUAGUUACUUGUUUUGGUGCAGAUUUAUGGUGUUUCCAAACCAGAAAUUGCUGCUGCUGCAAAAGCCAUAGCAGAGUGAGCCUGUUGAGGCUAAAGGGAUGCAGAGAGCAAGGUAGCACUAGGAUUGUUCAUAGGAAUUCUGCCUGGAAUGGGACAGCGAGGGAGCAGCCUGGCCUUUCCCUGUUCUCCAUGCAGGGAGCAGCAUCGGGGAAGGGGGGCUGCUCUGCCCCUGCUUCACCCUGCCACGGGGUGAGCCUGCCUUCCCCCCAACCCACUUUUGAAUUUAGGGAGUUGGGUUUCCAUCAGAGCUCCAUCGCACCCUGAAAAUCCCACAGCAUGGAGCAUUCUGUAAAGAGAAAGGAAAACAGUGGACAAAGGGAAGGUGCUGUUAGCAGGGGAGGUGAUGGAGGCUCAACUCAACAAAAACGCCCCUGUCCUCCCUCCCUCCCCUGGGAAAGGAACCAUCAGCCCCUGCUGUCCCCGCUCUGAGCACACCUGCCCGUUCUCUCCUGCCACCUGAUGCUGGUCAUCGCCGCUUGCCUGGUCUCACAGGACACAUUGCUGCCCCCCCGUGCCCCCUCCUCUGCUCUGCCCAGUCCGUUGAUAACAGAAAUUCCUGCCAGUCACUUCCUUCUCCGCCGCACAAAGGUAUCCAGUUUAUUAUUGCAAUAAAAACGCUUUAUGCUGGCUUUUCUCA